AUACUUUAGGGGAUGAGAACCCUUCUCGCAGAGGAACUGGGAGAGGGGUCCGCAGCUCCUUGAGGAAUAGCCCUGGCAGCCCUGGCCCAGAACCUCAUGUCCAUGCCUGCCCUGGAAGUUAUAAAGAUGGGUCAAAGCCAAAAGCUAGGCUCCCAGAGCUGCCCUCUGUGUGUAAGGGUGGGGGAUAUCUCCCACAGCAUGAGCUCCCUUCUUCAGGUCCUGGGGAUGCUGGCUGUACUGGGGCUCGGCUCUGUGGCCCUCACCCUGUUCCUGGGGCAAGUGCCCACUUCUUUCACCACUCAUCAGGUGUGCCCUGAGGAAGUGCCCUCCUGGUCCUGGGAGGCCCUGAGAGGAGACGCUGGGCAUCCGAGUAACUCUUGCCAGCUCAUCCUUGUGGAAAGCAUCCCCCAGGACCUGCCGUUUGCAGCUGGCAGCCCCACUGCCCAGCCCCUGGCCCAGGCUUGGCUGCAGCUUCUUGACACUGCUCAGGAGAGCGUCCAUGUCGCCUCAUACUACUGGUCCCUCACCGGGCUCGACAUUGGAGUCAAUGAUUCAUCUUCCCAGCCGGGAGAGGCCCUUCUACAGAAGUUUCAACAGCUCCUGGUCAGGAAUGUUUCUGUGGCGGUGGCCACCCACAGCCCAACACUGGCCAAGACAUCCACUGACCUUCAGGUCCUGGCUGCCCACGGUGCCCAGAUACGAGAGGUUCCCAUGAGACAGUUUACUGCGGGCGUCCUACACUCCAAGUUCUGGGUCGUGGAUGGGCAGCACAUCUACCUGGGCAGUGCCAACAUGGACUGGCGGUCCCUGACUCAGGUGAAGGAGCUUGGUGCUAUCAUCUACAACUGCAGCCACCUGGCUCAAGACCUUGAGAAAACAUUCCAGACCUACUGGGUGCUGGGGACCCCCCAAGCUGUUCUCCCUAAACCCUGGCCUCGGAACUUCUCAACCCGCAUCAACCGCUUCCAUCCCUUUCGAGGUCUGUUUGAUGGUGUUCGCAGCACAGCCUACUUCUCGGCCUCACCACCCUCACUCUGCCCUCACGGCCGUACCCGGGAUCUGGACGCGGUGCUGGGCGUGAUGGAGGGUGCUCGCAAGUUCAUCUACGUCUCGGUGAUGGAGUACUUUCCCACGACACGCUUCAUUCACCCUGCCAGGUACUGGCCUGUGCUGGACAAUGCGCUCCGGACUGCGGCCUUCAAUAAGGGUGUGCAUGUGCGCUUACUGGUCAGCUGCUGGUUCAACACCGACCCCAGCACGUUUGCUUACCUGAGGUCCCUACAGGCUUUCAGUAACCCCUCAGCUGGCAUCUCAGUGGAUGUGAAAGUCUUCAUUGUGCCUGUGGGCAAUCAUUCCAACAUUCCAUUCAGCCGAGUGAACCACAGCAAGUUUAUGGUCACAGACAAGGCAGCCUAUAUAGGCACCUCUAACUGGUCAGAGGACUACUUCAGCAGCACCUGUGGGGUGGGCCUGGUUGUCAGUCAGAAGCCUGACAGUGCCCAGCCAGGUGUUACCCCAGUGCAGGAGCAGCUGAGGCGACUCUUUGAACGUGACUGGAGUUCCCACUACGCUACGGACCUGGACAGACAAACCCCGAGCCAGGACUGUGUCUGGCAGGGCUGAGGCUUGAUCCCUUUGACUGGCCUGCUGCUCUAGGUGGACACUGAGGCCCACCAGCCUUCCCUCCAACCAAGCUCAGAAACUGAGAAACGGAAGUCUGUCGCUGGGGCCUGCGAUCGUCACCCAGUGAUCGUCACCCAGCAGACGCUUCCGGCAGAGCUCUAAACGGCUUUUAAAUAAAGAAGAGCUAAAGCAGAGAAAGGCCCACAGUGACACAGAAAGAAAGCAACCCAGCUGAACCUCUCUGGCCCACUCAUGAUGAGUUGCUAGGGCCAUCCCCAAAUGUAAUAUUGGUGCUGUCCAGCCCCUAAUAAAACCCUGCCACCAGCUUGUAGACCUGA